AUGGAGGAAAACGACAAGAUUCAAACUGGAAUCACGGCGUUUGCACCGUUCCCUGCUCCGACGUAUCGCUAUGUGAUAUCAAGCGAGGCAGACAAGCUCAAGAUUUUACUGGAGGACCGAAACAGCAAAAAGCAAUGGUACACGGGUGAUCUGGAAAAGAGCGACUUCUUAACUGGCACCAACAAAAUCCCAAACGCAACUACGGCAGAUUACGUAUUUUACGGUGCGCUGGAUUACUUUAUGGGCAGUGCUAACGACCUGGAUGAUUCGGAUAAAGACUCCAGCAGAUCUGAGGAGGACGAUGAUAAUUCUGAUGAAGAAUCGGAGGAGAAGAGUCAAGACGAAGACGAUGGUCAGGACAGCAGCCAUGAGCAGAUAGCCUCAAACGUUGAUCCUAAGAAGAUCCGCCGACAGCUGGUUGUUCUGGAGGAUGGCGCUCUUCAACUCGAGCUUUCAGUGAAACUGCGUGUUCUCGACUCGGCUUGGGCAACAAAGUACGUUUUCCGCCUUAAACCUGUUGCGCUUGAGCCCGUUGACAUUCUCGAAUCCAAGCUUCGCGACGUGCAAGAAGAGCUGGUAACGAUAAAACGUAUCCUGAAAGAAAAUGAGAAAGGGUUGAGCGACUAGCCCCUCCGUGAGGUCACGAAGGUCUGGUAAGAGCUGCUAAGUGGAGAACGAGGCUUACGCGAUAAACAAAUGUCACUCAGGAUGGUUAUUUUGUCGUCGCUGAGGUAUGUGAACAUAUGGAGAUCGCGUAAAAUUUGAAUCAAAUACUCCUUGUCGGCAA